UGUCGCAAACACCAACCCGCCAAGUCGACAAGAUGGGCAAAGGAACAGAUAAACUAUACAUCACCCACUCCGAGUGGUCGUCCUCGGACGCGUACGGCGCCAGUACCGGUGCCAAUGCCGGUGCGCGUGCCCAACGACGCGGUGCCAACUUCAAGAAACUUCCCUUCAACUUCUGCGCCGCCAGUCUCCAACCCUUCAAGAACCCCGUCUGCACCCCCGACGGCACCAUCUUCGACGUCGAAGUCAUCGGCUCAUGGCUCGAAAAGCACAAGACGAACCCCGUCAACGGCGAACCGCUCUUGGCUAAGGAUCUGAUCAAGCUCAACUUUGCGCGCAACGGCGACACCACCGACUCGGACGAGAACAAGGGCGACCUCAUCGAUCCCGUUACCUUCAAAGUCUUCACCGACAAUACCCACAUCGUCGCCAUCCGCCAUGGCUCCUACGCAAACGUCUUCGCCUGGGAAACGGUCGAGCGCAUGAACAUCAAGUCCAAGAUGUGGCGCGACCUGGUUGACGACGAAGAGUUCGGCCGCAAAGACAUCAUCACCCUACAAGAUCCCCAAAACGUCUCCGCCAGCCGCGACCUCAGCCAGUUCAAAUACCUCCAAGACGGCCAGGAAGCCAUUCUCACCAAGGAACAAGAAGAAGAGCGCAAGGGCGGUACCGUCAACAUCGAAGCCCUCGGCCGCGUAGGCGAAAAGGUUCUCCGCGCCAAGGAAGCCGUCGAGCGCGCCCGCGCAGCCCGACAAGCCGGCGGCGCCGACGUCAACCGUCUCACCCAAGCCCUCACCACCAACUCCUCCGCCACCGGCACGAACAACAAACCCACCGUGGCCCGCCACUCCCUAAUCCAAGAGCGCAAACGCCCCGCCAACGCAGCGACCUACACAACCGGUCUAAGCGCCGCCUCCUUCACCUCGACCGGUCUGACCCCUUCCACCUCCGGCGCCCUCGCCCUCCUGUCCGACGAGCAAUACCUCCUCAAACCCACCCACCGCAUCAAAACAAAGGGCUACGUCCGCAUGGAAACCAACCUCGGCCCCUUAACCCUCGAACUCCUCCCCGAAUUCGCCCCCAAAGCCGUCUGGAACUUCCUCCGCCUCUCGGAAAAGGGUUACUACCGGGACGUCGCCUUCCACCGGUCCAUCAGGAACUUCAUGAUCCAAGGCGGCGACCCCUCCGGGACGGGGCGGGGCGGUAGUUCAAUAUGGGGCAAGAACUUUGAGGAUGAAUUCGAAGGGCCUAACACGCAUUCCACUCGAGGAAUCGUGAGCAUGGCGAAUAAAGGCAAAAACACCAACUCGUCCCAAUUCUUCAUCACCUACCGCCCCGCCUCCCACCUGGACAGGAAACACACCAUCUUCGCUAAAGUCAUUGAAGGACUAGACACGACGCUGACGGCCAUGGAGAAUGUGGCUACCGAUGGAUCGGAUCGACCUCUAAACAAAAUUGUCAUCAAGGAUGUUGUUGUGCUAAUCGACCCGUUUGCGGAGUGGAUGAAAGAGAAGAAAGAAAAGGAAGGGGAGGAGGAAAGGAAGCGGGAGGUGGCGAGACGGGGAGGCACGGAGGAUGAUCGGACGACGUGGACGGUUCGGUUGGGCCCCGGUUGGUACUGGUCCUAAAAGGUUCAUGGGCAUAAUUUGCUUGUUUGCUUGUUUGUUUGUUUGUUUACAUCAGGGGUUGAUAGAGAGAGAAAAAUAUUGCAUUAAGUACAGGGAAAAUUGCGCACUACCUAGAAAACAGAUACCCCCAUCAAGGUCAUUAAUAGUCCCUUCUAUGUUCUCCCAUGUCUUUGGUAUCAUAUUCCUGACUUUGUACAAUCUAAUGCUAGUUUAUUUGUUAGCUUGGUAGUACUCCUGGCAUACUGGACGUCAAUGUAUCCCGAAUUGUCCCAAACCUUACAAGGAUAAAAUGAAUGGCUAGGUACGGUUCAGAAAGCUGUUAAGAAGAUUCAAUAUCACAUAUUGAAUUUCGGAAAUAG